AUGAUGAUACACUUUCUCUUUAAGAUCGUGGCAUAUAGCUUGGUGGCCUCUCUCGUACUUUCUGCAGAUGUGCGCUCAGCCUCACCAGAUCAUACGCGAUUAUACUUACGACACUCGACUUCAAAUGCUUGUGCUCAAGUCGCCAACCUCAGCGCCAUCUAUAAUGCGGAUCCAGCGAAUCAAGGUCUUGAUCCUAUGAUUCCUGCGAAACUGGCAUAUGACUGCCUUACUUCAGUACCUUUCAAUCAAAGUGCUGCUAUCGCUCUAGUCAAUAACAUCAAGCCCAUACUUGAGUUCCAAAGUACUACCGCUAUGCUCAAGAACCCACCGAGAUCCUGGGCUAUGAAUGUUCGACCAGGUUACGAUCUGUUUGGAGAGUUUGAGAAGGUUGUAAGGAAGGUUACCUCAGGAGCCUAUAAGAAUGAGCAUCAGCUAAUUGGUCAGUUUGGCAUGGAACUCUUCCAGGUUAUCCAGUUCGCUCAUGAUCCAGGUCUUCAAUAUCUCCCUGAUUCCAUAGGCACAGCUUUUCUUUUCAUGCGUGGUACUCCCAGUCUCGUCUCGGUUUCUGCCAAUGGUCACGACCUCCCGAAUGUCUACUCGUUCGAUGAUAUAACAGCCGAGCUACUUGGUAAUGCUUCAUUCAAAGCUUCGCCAAUCACACACAUUAACGGGCAAGAUGCGAAGUCAUUUCUGGAGAACGAUUCGAAGUGGAAUUACGACAGUGAUCCACAUACGACUUACAAUGGAGCUUUUACUUCACUAUCUAGUCGAUUGUCGGACGUAAAUUAUAUAGGAACUUUCAAAAGAUGUGGGGAUAUGGGCGCUAUUUAUCCUGGCCCGACUACCACCUUCCGAUUCGCAAAUGGUACUAGGAAGUCGUUUGACAACUACGCUGUUGUUUUGGUUCCCUUUGACGGCAUUUCCGAUGGAGAAUCCCUUUAUCAAACAUACUACACCACCCCGAAAAUCUUUGUUGACAAUAAUCAGUCUGCUUCACAGACACCGUCAAACUCGACAUCGACAACCUCACCUCAGCAGGCGCCAGGGUACCCACAACCCAUAUUUCUUGAUUCAACAAACAAUCUCGGUGGUUUCUACCUGGAAAACCAUUAUUCAGAUGUUGCUGUACUGUCGAUUCCUAGCUUUGAGCCAACCUCGGAUCCUACCCUUAUAACCCAGGAUUAUAUAGCGAAGUUCGUUGUUGGAGCCAAGGCAGCGGGAAAGAAGAAGCUCAUUAUCGACCUUCAAAGUAAUCCUGGUGGCCUUAUCGAACUUGCUUAUAACCUAUUCAAAAUCCUAUUUCCCCGAGGACGUGAUCAUUCGGCAGCGAUGCGCUUUCGCGCAACAGAUGCCACUAGGCUUAUAUCCAAGGUAUUUUCGAAGGUUGCCGAAAAAUAUCCGCCUAAGUUGCCGGACACCCUCUACGAAAACACCUCAACAUACACGGAUUACUGGACAACAAUGGAAUACGACUCCAAAUACGUUGUCAACACACAGUCUCAAAGCUUCAAGAGAUGGACCGAUUUCUUCGGCCCGUAUUUCCACAACGGCGACUGGUUUUCUAGUCUCUUCAGAUACAACUUGACUUCGGAACUGUUCUCUGUGGGCAUGUAUGGCUAUGGGAAAUAUGCGUCCUACACCCAGCAGCCAUUCAAAGCUCAAGAUAUCAUCAUACUCACAGACGGAAAAUGUUCUUCAGCCUGCUCGGUUUUCGUAGACCUUAUGCGCGUUAUCCAGAAAGUCAAAACUGUGGCGAUUGGAGGCCGUCCGCGGUACGGCCCCAUGCAACCUCUUGGUAGUAACAGAGGACCGCGACUUGUUCGUUGGACAGAGAUUAACGUCAUGAUGCAGCUUGCAAUCCAAGAUUUCAACACGCCUGAGGAAUCAGCACGACUCAUGAAGACCAAACUAGCUACACUCAUGGAACCUCUGGCCUAUGAACGUUCAGCCCCUGGGACUAUCUCAAACAUCAAUUUCUUAGACGCUGUACGCGAUGGUGAUUGGUCUAAUACCGCUCUGCAAUUUAAAUAUGAACCUGCGGAAUGUCGCAUGCUGUUGACAAAGAAAAUGGUUGUUGAUAUAACUGCUAUCUGGAAGGCGGUUGCAGAUUCUGCUUGGGGGUGGCACAGCCAUUGCAUUGAUGGUAAUCUUCACGCUUCUGGUACAUAUUGGCGCCAGUAG